AUGAAUCAUCCAUCAUCCAGAGAAGAUAUCACAACUACUACAAAACAAGAUUCGAAGUCAACAACCCCAGACGAAAAGAUUGACACUACUGUGGACGCAUCUCACUCUUUAUCGAGAUCCUCGCUCAAUCAAAUCAUGGAUUGCACAGUAAGGGACACAUUGUCCAGUUCUCCAGUCGAAAUCAAAGAACUUAAGGGCGCCCUCAUCAGCAUUCCACAAGAAAUUCGGGACAUGAUUUACUCAUACCUCCUAGUCAACCCGGUCCUAGGACAAGCCGCUUCAGUCUCGUCAGAAACCACUUAUGGCAGUACUCAGAAGUACAAUCUCGAGACUGCAAUCCUUUAUGUGUGUAAACAAACAUACCAGGAAGGCAUUUCCAUCUUGUACAAGAACCCUAUUUUCAUAGACUGCAGCAACAGUCCUGGUGAUUGGGAAUUCAUAGAUGGUGUGUUCGAUGAAAGUUUGGAAGUUGAAGAAGACGAACGAAAUGGAAUCCUGGAGCCCUGUAUCAUCAACCUCUGCCCAUUAACUCGUUACACAAAUUGGCAGCCUAAAGAACAUCAAGACAAGCCGUUGUUUCGCGAUACCCCAAAUAUUGAGAAAGUGGAGAAUUGGAACGUCCUCUUGAACUCUUUCGAACCAAAAUGUCUCAGCUCAAAUGCUUUCGCUGAAUUUUGUAUUUCAGUGUAUCGGUAUCCGAAUGUCUCCCUAAACAUCUCAAUUUUGCCCAUGAUCUUCCAUGAAUGGCAAACCGACACAGAAGCAAUAUCAUUUGUCUUGGAUGGAGGUCUGGUUAACAAUCUGCUACCAUUAAAGAUGGUGCGGAAUAUUAAGAGACUUGUUAUCAAAUGUGCUGAAAUCCCUGUGAUUCCGGACUACUGUUAUGACCGAGAUCAUGACAGAAAGCUAUGGCCUGCGGACUUGAGCGUACCUGACUUACCUUCGCCGGAGCUCAUUAGCGAAUACGUCAAGCUCACUAGCGGGGCCACUCCUAUUAUUGAAUGUGUGACUCUUCUCGGGGAAAGAUUGAAGGAGUAUUUCUGGUUGUUCCAUCGUGCAGAAUUUGUCGUUAUCAACAGAGAGUUCGCUGGCCUUCGACGCAGUAUCCGAGUCUAUGACAUUUCGAUUCGCCCGCCCGAGGCCGUCGGUGGUGGACUGGUCAUUCAAGAAGACGAACAAAGUUUCCUCGACUGCGGAGAACUAGUCGAAGCUAUCAGAGAUCCUUCUCUUGAGCACACUGAAACCGCCGAGGACGUUCUCCGUUUCAAGCAGUAUCGAAAAGAGUUACUUGGAGUACUAGAGCCGGAAUACCAGAAUAUUCGUGCUUGUUCCAUUAAAUUUCGAGAGUUUCUUCAAAGCGAAAGCGGCCCAACCGGGGUUUUUGUGAUUGGGCCUUCUAGAGCUGUUGAUCCACUGGAUUACUGGACCAGAGUGACAAGAGCCAUGGAAGUAUUAGAGUAUUACGAAUACUCAUUUGCAAGGGGAAAUACAGAAAAACUAAGGCUUUCUUUGGCAGAAAAAAACAAGUACUUUGUGUUGGCGUAUGAUUCGGUUGAGUCAGGGAAAGUGAUGAAGAAGAUGGCCUGGGCAUACGAAAGGAGGAUGUGGAAGAAGCUUAUGCUUUAUUACAAAAUCGCCAUUGGACGCAUGGAAAAGCACUAUUUCAAAAUAAGAUGGUGCCGAAAAGAUCUGUUCAAAUGGGAUAUUUCAGACAGAGGCUCUGAUCUGGACACCCACUCCGAUGUGGUGGAGGCAAUUGUUUGGCCUAAGCCAGAGUCAAAUGCACAACUCGACCGGGAGCAUAUAAUCGAGAUUUCCAAGGGUGAGACAAGUGAUGAAGAUCUUGAGUAUUCUCCAUGCCUCGGACAGAAUGGUGAUGACGAUGACGAUGAUGAUGCUAGGUAG